AGAUGCUGAGGUACUAAAAGACACUGGCCACGCUGCACGAGAAGACUCUGAAUUACCUUUCAAUCCAAAACAAAAAGACAGAGAAUAGUAUUCAAGCACAGGUGUUUAGAAUACAAGCAGGUGAAUGUGCUGUUAUUGAUGCAGAAAACCAACCUCCAAAUAGAAGACUAGGACAAGGUGGGACAUUCCAUGGUGAUUGGUUCAGUAUUAUCCAAUAAAUAAAUAAAGUAUUCAUUCAUAUAUUAGCACGUCUCAGAUAUCAUCUUACAUUUCCUCUGGGGAGAGUCAUUUAUCGCUCAGUGGGUCGGGGGAAGGCAGGCAACUUGAAUGAGAACCAUAUGGAGGGAGGGCUGCAGCUGAAGUGAGACUGAGGCCCACAGAGAACAUCAACAGAGCAGCUGUCAUAAACUUCUACAGGACCAAAACCAAAGCCUUUUAUUGUACGACGACUCGGACAGAAACGGGAGAGGAAGCCGGAGCAGACAAUAUCCAUGAUGUCGGAGUACAUCAGAAGAAGACGCUCCAGCAAGGAGGUCCUACAUGACCUUAUCAUGCUGACGGCUCAGAGGGGCCGGGAGGAUGCAGAGGAGAUGGCCAGGUUGCAGCGGAAAAAAGCCCGGGACAGGCAGAGGGAAGAAGAGCUGGCCAGGAGGUGUAGUCCUCCACUAGGCAACGUGACUAACAACCAAGAGUCUGAGGAGCUGAAGCCCCAGGUUCUGGAGGAGGAUGAGGGCUUCAGCGACUGGAGCCUGCGGCUGGAGAACCAGAAGAACAGGGAGCAGCAGUCGUCUGCCACUCAGUGUGAACCACACCAUGAAGAGGAGAAACAGCAGGAGGAGAAGGAAGUGACACAAUCCCAGGUGGCUCUGAUGCCAGAUACAGACAGCCAACACAAGGCGUCUCAUGACAACAAAGAAUUCAUUAAAGGCACAUGCAGCUCCACCGUUUAUCUGUCGCCAGACGCAGGGCGCCAUAUUCUGAUCAGUCAAUCCACCGACAGAACCAUUCCCAUGCUGGCUGGACUGAAGGGGUCACGGGAUGUAAUAAAACCCGAGGGAGAGAAGGCACAGCCAGUGUUGAAGAAAGAAGGCUCCUGCACUUAUGGCAGCGAGAGAGUUGAUUCACAGGUGCUGAAAAUCAAACCUGAAAAAGACGUGAUCCACCUCUGUGCGGGAGAUGGAAGCACACUGGCGGAGGAGCAAAAGACCAAGGUCACGCCGUCGUUCCAGAGGUCACUGGAGGACAAACCGCCAAAAGUUGACAGAAGAUCUUCAGCUCCUCUUUGCAGCAGCCCAAGGGGAGAUUCCACACACUGCUACGGCCCAAUGAGCCCAACUUUUAAGAAACUCCUGGAUCAGUUUUAUCCAGAGGAGGUCGAAGCCAGAGCUUCACCAGACACCAAAUGUAAGAUGAUCGCUCAGUCUCUUGGAAAGAGCGUCAACAACGUAAAAAAGUCCACACCGCCUCUCCCUGUGUCCAAGAUUGACAAGCGUCUGCAACAGUACACACUUGCCUUGGAGCCAUCAUCAAAGGAGAGCAGAGCUGCCCCUCCUGAGCUGACAGAUUUUAUUCACCCAGAACCUGUCGCCUACAAAAGGACCCUGUUUGAGGGUGGAGAGGCCCUGAACCAAAAGUACAGCUCAGCAACACAGUACAAGGAUGCAGAUGGUCAGAGAUGUAGAAUUGAGUGGGGCAGAAGAGAUGCAGGAAGCAGACAGGACUCUCUUUCAAAACUUGUGGAGAUAACCCCUGGUGAAGUUUUAAACAAGAGGAACUUGUGGGAAAGUCUCAGCUGUGACGCUUCUUCUCCUAGGAUUAAUGAGAAGGAAAGCCUGGGUAGAAAAAAGUUUACAUUUGUGGUGGUUGGCCACGGCAAGUAUGAAAAGGUUUGUUUUGACCAUGAAGACACAAGCAGGUCAGGUGUGAAGUCUCUGCUGUCACCAUGUCUGACGUCGAGGAAGUGGAACAGGUCGAGGGAGGAGGUAGUAGAAGUAGAAGUAGCCCCUGAGGCGGAGGCCCAGGUAGAGCCUGAAGAAACAGAGCCAGAGGAGGUGGUUCAAGAGGAGGAAGACGGCUAUGAAGAGGAAGGUGACGAGGGCGAUCAAGAUGAGGAAAAGCCCAAAUUCAAACCAAGCGCCCCAAAGAUACCUGACGGGGAGAAAGUGGACUUCGAUGACAUCCAGAAGAAACGUCAGAACAAAGACCUGGUGGAGCUGCAGUCGCUGAUCGACGCUCAUUUUGAGUGCAGGAAGAAGGAGGAAGAAGAGCUCAUUGCUCUCAAAGAAAGAAUCGAGAAGCGCCGUGCAGAGCGAGCCGAACAGCAGAGGAUUCGAAAUGAGAAGGACAAAGAGCGGCAAGCCCGGCGAGAGGCUGAACGACUGAGGAAGGAGGAGGCCGAUGCCCAGAGGAAAGCCGACGAUGAAGCCAAGAAGAAAAUAGCUUUGUCCAGCAUGGGAUCAGGCUACAGCAGCCACCUGCAGAGGGCUGAAGGGAGGAGAGGCAAGAAGCAGACUGAAAGAGAGAAGAAGAAGAAGGUGCUGGCAGAGAGAUGUAAGCCCCUGGAUGUGGACAAUUUCAGCGACGACAUGCUGAGGGAAAAAGCAAAGGAGCUGUGGGAGUUGCUGCACAACCUGGAGGCCAUUAAAUAUGACCACUGUGAGAAGCUCAAGAGGCAGAGAUACGAGGUGAUCUCUCUCAGAAACCGCAUAGAUGAGCUGCAGAAACACAGCAAGAAAGGAGCUCACUCUCGCCGCAGGAAGUGAGCAGCUGCUCCCCGACCAUCAGGAGACACGUUCCCUCUGUCAGCGGCACAGACACACGCCGCUGGUUGAACAACGGCAACAACUGGACGUCUUACUGUCUGUGUCUGCUCCAGUGACCUGGCUUCUGGAUGAUUCACGGCCCAACAGACGAUGAACAGUGAAACAUCUUUGUAUUGUUUGAUGUUAUGAUCCAGAAAAUAAAGUA